CCCCCCCCCCCCCUUUAUUUUUUGUUCUUCUUAAAAAGCUUCCAAUCCAACAACACCAGGCAGGGCCAGCAGCGCGGCAGCAUGUGCAGAAAAACGACAAACUUUCAAACUUGAAACGCUGCAUUGCUGAAUCAAAUCCUUCAAUCUUCCGACACCCAAUUAAUCUCUUUUUCCCUCACUUCCUCUAAUUAAACCCAAAAAACUUUUAGUUUUUAGUUUUUUUUUUUCUUAAGCACUUGUUUGAUUUUUUUAGAGACUACAAUGUCAUCACCAACACCCGGGGCUACUCCAGCUCCAACAUCGUCACCGCCAUCAACAAACACUACCUCCCCACCACCACCAGCGGCCGCAACUCCGCCGCCAACCAACACUCCCUCCCCACCACCAUCCACCCCAUCUCCACCUCCAGCCACCACUUCAGCUCCUCCUCCUUCAACCACCACCCCAUCUCCCCCUCCUCCCUCCACUUCAUCACCUCCGCCAUCAUCUUCUACCUCCCCAUCGCCUCCAGGCACCACAUCUCCACCCCCAUCUUCCUCCAAUCCUUCCCCUCCGCCUCCUUCUACAUCAAUUCCAUCGCCACCACCCCCGAGCAGUUCGGGGACUCCAUCGCCACCACCACCUUCGACGAGUUCGGGGACGCCAUCUCCUCCACCGCCGUCUUCGUCUAAUUCAAGCAGUGGGGUGUCAACAGGGCUGGUAGUGGGGAUAGCAAUAGGGGGAGUGGCGAUAUUGUUGGUUUUGAGUUUGUUGUUUAUAUGUUGUAAGAAGAAGAGGAGAAGAAGAGACGAGGAAAGUUACUACGUGCCUCCUCCGCCUCCUGGGCCUAAAGAUGAUCCAUAUGGUGGCCAGCAGUAUAGGUGGCAACAAAAUCCUCCCCCACGUGCGGAUCAAUUUGGUGCAGUGCCUUCAAAGCCCACUCCUCCACCAGUUACAGCAUGGCGACCUCCUUCUCCAGGACGCUCUCCUAAGCCUUCAUCAACCCCACCUUUCGUGAGCAGCAGUGGAGGUUCCGGCUCUAAUUAUUCAGGUUCUGAAAACCCGCUGCCACCACCCUCACCUGGUAUUGCAUUAGGCUUCUCUAAGAGCACAUUUACCUAUGAGGAAUUAGCAAGGGCAACAGAUGGCUUCUCAGAUGCAAACCUUCUUGGCCAAGGUGGUUUUGGGUAUGUGCACAGAGGAGUUCUCCCGAAUGGGAAGGAAGUAGCAGUCAAGCAACUGAAGGCUGGAAGUGGGCAGGGGGAGAGAGAAUUUCAGGCAGAAGUUGAGAUUAUCAGCCGUGUUCAUCACAAACAUCUUGUAUCAUUGGUUGGAUACUGUAUCUCUGGGACAACAAGAAUGCUUGUUUAUGAGUUUGUUCCAAAUAACACUUUGGAGUUUCACUUGCAUGGAAAGGGGCGUCCUACCAUGGAUUGGCCAACUAGGAUGAAAAUUGCUUUAGGAUCUGCAAAAGGACUGGCAUAUCUUCACGAGGACUGUCAUCCUAAGAUAAUUCAUCGUGAUAUUAAGACGGCUAAUAUUCUGUUAGAUUUCAAGUUUGAGGCAAAGGUUGCUGAUUUUGGACUAGCAAAGUUUUCUUCUGAUGUCAACACUCAUGUCUCCACCAGGGUGAUGGGUACUUUUGGGUAUUUGGCUCCCGAGUAUGCUUCAAGUGGAAAACUCACGGACAAAUCAGAUGUUUUCUCUUUUGGGGUCAUGCUUUUGGAGUUGAUUACUGGACACAAACCAGUUAGCUCUUCUUAUAUGGAGGACAGUUUGGUGGACUGGGCUAGGCCUUUGCUCACAAAAGCUAUGGAUGAUGGAAACUUUGACAGUCUGGUUGAUCCAAAGUUACAAAAGGAAUAUAACCACAAUGAGAUGACUCGUAUGGUUGCAUGUGCUGCUGCUUGUGUGCGACAUUCAGCACGACGUCGACCACGAAUGAGCCAGAUACUCCGUGCUUUAGAAGGAGAUGCAUCAUUGUCUGAUCUCAAUGAAGGAAUGAGACCUGGACAAAGCAAUGUCUACAGCUCUUAUGGAAGCUCAGACUAUGACACAAGCCAGUACAAUGAAGACAUGAAAAGGUUCAGGAGGAUGGCAUUGGGCACACAGGAAUAUGGAGCUAGUAGUGAGUACAGUGAGCCCACCAGCGAAUACGGUUUAUACGCUUCUGGCUCAAGCAAUGAAGGCCAAACCACCCGGGAAAUGGAGAUGGGAAGGAUGAAGAAGAAUAGCCAAGGUUUUAGCGGAACUUCAACCUCUUGACGGUAUUGUUUUUUGUAAAGAUCCCAUUCCUAACUCUUUUUAUGACUUGGAUGUCACGUUGAUUUCAAAGUUUGGCAAGUUUUUCAUGAGAUUACACACUUUUUUAUCCAUUUGAUUUUUGAAAUUACAGUUUUUCAUUGAUUUGUAUUUAUUAGUGAUUCACACAAGGUAAACAAUGGAUACACUUUGAUUGAUUCUUUUUUUUUUGUUGCUUGAAUGUUAAUAUCAAUUUGGUUUGCCGAAACCAGACUUCCUCCAUUGAUUUGUUGUUAUUCUUCCCCUUCAGUUUGCUUGGAUUGGAAAUUUUGUAGUUAGGUUGAAUUCCCAUGUUGUGUGAGUGACAUUAGUUCCUGGCUUGUCUGCAUUUGUAUCAAGUUUCCGCCUAAGACUCACCAACUCAGAGCAUCAAUCUUUGAUCGAUGAUAUGAUUUUAAGAUUUAUCGGUGACAUAAAAUGAAAAUCUAGAAUCUUAAAUGUAACGCUCGCUCAACUAGAAAAAUGGGUUAGAUUCAGUUCAUGCUGUAACGUUCUUGUCCAACUUGUGUUAGCUUUGAAAGUGAACAAAGCUUAGCUGGCGCUGGGGGCUUUAUCUGAUCACAUGCAUGGCCAAAGAAAGCAAAAAAAAUUCUCUCCUUUUUAAAUAUUCCAAAACGAGAUUGCAGUCAAACAGCAUUACAAAAUCAUUGAAAAUGGCAAAAUGUGGCCAGCUCAUUGUGGGCUGUGGUCAGACCGUUGAGUGCCUACCAACGAACCUUACCUAUACCAAGUCAAGAUGCCAAGAGAUAGGGAAAUGGAUGACUCAUAUCCGUUCUGUCAUGGUUUGCACGUUUGGUAUAAUGUGAUGAGCUUUUAUCCAAUUCUUGGGAACCGGAAUUAUUAUUCAUUAAGCAUAUUGAAUUCUCUCUUACACAUAUGUUAUUGAAUUACAUAAUUAGAGGUAAUUUUCUCUUAUCUUCAUAUUCAAAACGGAGUUUUAAGCUCUAAACCUUGUUUCCCUUCGAAUUUUGUAUGAAUAUUAUAAUUUAAAUAUCAAGAAUUAUUAUCAAUAUCGACAGUACUUUCAAAAUUGAAACUCUAUUUUAGAAGAUUCUCAGGUUUAGGCGCCAAUGUAAUCAUACAAAACACGGUUGGCAAGGAUCUCAGGAUUAUGAUCAGUUGACGAAAUCAGAUAAAGAAUUAGAGAAGAUUUAUGGAAAACGAUGUCCAGUUAUUCAUGCUAUUCAAGUUUUCAAUUGGUAAGAUCUGCUGCGCCGAUUUCAUAAAAAUGCUCAAUAUUAAUUUCUUGUUAUAGCUAGAAACUAUAAGUGUGGAUUUCCUGAGCCCAAGCC